AUGCCAGCAGGAGAAGUCGCAAGGAUGUUGCCCGCCGCCGCGACGCUGAAACGCAAGCAGGAGCAGUGGCUGGAGAAGCUCCGGAACGUCUUUCCCGCGGGCGAGGGCUACACCGUCAAAGACUUGCUGGGCCGGACGCGCGAAGCAUUCCAGGACCUGUACCGGAUGGUCACCGUCGAAAUGGACGGCAGAGGCCGAUGCUUCGUGCUGACGAUCAUCGAGGCCCCAGAGGAGGAAGUCAAGCGGUCCGCUGGUUGGAAGGACCUGGCCGACAUCGAGCGGCAUCUGUGGGACCAGUACGUGAGGGAACGGCCAGGAACUCAGGGAAUGUACGGGGCCCUGCAGAUGGGAGACGAGGUCGUCUUUACACAGAAGGGUCUACCGGAGGAAGACGGGUGUUGUGACGCGCCAGUGUCGGCAACCUUCGAGGCCGAGACGGUGCUGAGUUGGAACUCGGAUAUCCCUGUGAUCGAGGCUCAGCUCGAUUAUAUCAAAUACAAAACCCGGAUAGCCAACCCUCGUCGGUCUCUUCGUCUCAUGGGUGGGGACCCAGGGAAAGUUUGA